CGCUGUGGAGCAGAGGACAAAGCACUGUGGAAACAUUCUUCACUCUUUGCUUUUCAUCAACAUUCUGUUCUCUUUAUCUUGCCUCGCCUCGCUUCCUUCACCUGCUGGACUCUGAGCAGGAAUAUCUGCCACACCAAGCCGAGCUAGACCAAACUGUCUGAAGCCACUAUGGAUAUUGCCAUCCAGCACCCUUGGUUCAGACGUGCCCUGGGCUCAGUCUACCCUGCACGACUCUUUGACCAGUUCUUCGGAGAGGGCAUGUUUGACUACGACUUCUUCCCCUACACCACCUCCACCAUCAGCCCCUAUUACAGACAGUCGCUGUUCCGCAGCUUUUUGGAUUCUUCCAACUCCGGCACCUCUGAGGUGAGGUCUGACAGGGAUAAGUACACAGUCUACCUGGACGUCAAGCACUUCUCUCCUGAUGAGCUCAGUGUGAAGGUCACUGAUGACUACGUGGAGAUCCAGGGCAAGCAUGGAGAACGACAGGACGACCACGGUUACAUCUCUCGUGAGUUUCACCGCCGCUACCGCCUCCCCUCCAGCGUUGACCAAUCGGCAAUCACCUGCACCCUGUCGACCGACGGUCUGCUGACCCUGAACGGGCCAAAGGUCACCGGGGGGAGUGAAUCCGGCCGCAGCGAGCGCAGCAUCCCCGUCACCCGCGACGACAAGCCCAACGCUGCUGCGUCCUCCUAG